CUAUUGCUAACUUAUAUUUAAAUAUUAUAUAUUUCCUUAAAUAUGCAACUAUUUCCUCUAAAUUUUUUAAUGUACACUGUCGGCGGUGUAUGGCGACCUAUCGAAUGGUCAUCGAGCGUUGCCAAAUUGUUAUAUAACAUGUUUACCUCUACCAUAUUAGUCUUGUUAUACUUUUUGAUGGUGACUCAAUUCAUGGAUAUCCUUUUUGUUGUCAACAAUAUUGAUGAUUUCGCCACUAAUACUCUAAUGUUCCUGACUAUUGUUGCUGUUACGUGUAAAGCGACUAUCGUUGUAGUACGUCGAAAUGCAAUCAUCAAGUUGGUGCAAACAUUAUUGAAGGCACCGUGCAAACCUCGGGACGAGGUUGAAAUGGCAAUACAAAAAAAAUUUGACAAGUUUAUCAGGUCAUGCUCAAUUAAAUAUUCACUUUUGGCGACGAGUUCCGUUACAGGAGUCACCGUAAGAUCAGUGUUAAAUGUCACACAGGGCUAUCUGCCUUACAGAAUAUGGGUGCCAUACGAUACAAACACAUCUCCGAUGUUUUUGAUUACAUCCAUUCAGCAAAUCGUAACUGUAGUUUUCGUCACUAUCAUAAAUGUUGGCACGGAAACUCUGGUUUUCGGAUUGUUUUUGCAAACGUGCGCUCAGUUUGAAAUUUUUGAGAAUCGUCUUCGCAUAUUAAUAUCUAACAAAAUAGCUAAAUAUCUGAAACCUGUUUCAUCAAAUAAAGGAAAGGCAAUAAUUUCGGAAUAUAUACAUCACCAUCUCAGUAUUUACAAAUAUGCUAAAACGGUAAAUGCUAUAUUCAAUCAAGUACUCUUUGUCCAAUUUUUUGGCAGUAUAUUAGUCUUAUGUACAAGUGUAUAUUAUCUGUCAGCACAUAUUACGGAAUCUGAAAGUGCAACUUUAAUAGUUUACACUAUCUGUAUGUUUGUACAAGUCUUUGUUUAUUGUUGGUCAGGAAACGAAGUCAUACUUAAGAGUAUGAGUGUAGGAGAUGCGAUAUAUCGUAUGGAUUGGCCCUUAUUACCAGUCAACGAUAGAAAGGAGCUGCUGAUGAUCAUGAUGCGUAGCACACUUCCUAUAAAAUUUACCAGUAGUUUCUUGAUAACUUUAUCUCUCCAAUCUUAUAGUGGCAUUUUAAAAAUAUCAUAUUCGGCAUUUAAUGUGUUACAAAAGUGAGAUAUAAAUAAUCAAGAGUGUAUGUAAACAAACAUGAAAA